AUGUCAAGCUUAAAGUCAUUGACACUUAUUCUAUUUUUAGCAUAUAUAAAUAGAGCUGAAGCAUAUACUAAUGCAGAACUCGGAGUAUUUUUAGGUUUUGUAUUUGCAAUUUUAUUAACAAUUGCGAUAAUUCUCUUUUGCAUCAUGAGGAAGAAGUUUGGAGUUCCACAAAAAAAGCCUGACUCGCCCUCCGUGAGCAAACAAAACCAUUGGAAAAAUUCCUAUUUUUGCCCAAAAACAAAAAAAUGACAUAUAAGUUUAAUUAGUAUAAGAAAUCUCAAGCUAAUUCUUUUUAAUUUCGAGUAAAUUGCAUUUUAAAACAUAAAUUUUACAAAUUUUUUGCAAAUUGAAAUUUUUUAAAUUUGGAAAAAGAAAAUUUUACUAUAAAAUUUAUAUAAUUGUUUUUAAAAAAAAUGAAUCGCCUUCGUAAGCGAACAAAAUUUUUUGUUUGUCAAGGAGGGGAGUGAGAUGCUUAUCAGCCUCGAAGAGAAAGAUUAA